GGGAGUGGUGGGUGGGAGCCAGGCGCAGCAAGCAGAGGGUUCGGUGAAAUGUAAUGAUUUAUUCUCCAGCACAAACGGUCACGCCAAAUACAGGGCACAUAACACAACCAACAGAGUAACAAAAUAAUCCCGCACAAACCUAAGCGGGCCUAACAGGUUUAAGUAGACAAAAAUCAAGAAACACAAAAAGGAACAGGUGCAACUAAUAAAACUAAACGAACAGAAAAGGAAAAAGGGAUCGGUGGCGGCUAGCAGACCGGCGACGACGACCGCCGAGCACCGACCGAACAGGCAGGGAAGUCGUGACAUCAUGUAAUUGUCAAUAAAAGCCUUUUACACUUAUGAAAUGCUUGUAAUUAUACUUCACUAUUACAUAGUAACAUCUGACAAAAAUAUCUGAAGACACCGAAGCAGGAAACUUUGUAAAUUAAAACUUGUGUCAUUCUCAAAACGUUUGGCCACGAUUGUAUAUAUAGACAUAACUGUUUAUGUUUACUGGCUAGGUUUUCUGAGUGAGAUCUGUCUGAGCAGUCCAGAGUCUAAAUCAGACAUUAGACUGUAUGGAGCCUGAGGGAGACCCUGGAGUCAUGAGUAGGAGAGCCAAGCGGGGGAGAAUGGAGUCUCCUGCUCCUAGCUGUCUCUCUAUGAAUAGUGCCAGGUCAAUGGAGCAACCAUAUGGUUUUAAAAGAGAACCCUUGACCCCUGAUUUGAGUGCCAGUCUGCUGACUGAGGAUCAGUUCAGAUGUUCUGUGUGUUCAGAGGUGCUGAGGGACCCGGUCUCCAUUCCCUGUGGACACAGUUACUGCAGGCAGUGCAUCAGCACAUACUGGGUCCAGCCCGGCCCUGCAGGAGACUAUGUGUGCUAUGUGUGUCUCCAGUGCAGUAAGAGAUCCAGAGACCGGCCAGUGCUCUGCACUAACACAGCCUUGGCCAGGUUGCUCCAGCAGGCAGGCUUCAGUCCUGCCCUUCCUGCUCUGGGCUAUGCUGGGCCUGGGGACGUGGCCUGUGAUAUCUGCUCUGGACAGAAGCUCAGAGCGGUGAAGUCCUGUCUGACCUGCACUGUCUCCUACUGUGAGAGCCACGUCAGGCAGCAUUACACUGUCCCAGCACUGCAGAGACACACCCUGGCUGAUGUCACUGGAGACGGGGGACACAAAGGUCACCAAGGCAACACUGGACAGACAGAGAGGAUCAAAGAGGAGGAGACUAUGGAGACUGAGGAGGAGGAGAGGGAAGGUGUCUCUAAAAAGAUGACAGAAGUUAAAGAGGAGGAAGAAGAUUCUGAUGAGGGACUUUCUGAUCUGAAGAAGAACCCUAAAACUAAAACUCUUGUCUCUGACGUGAAGAACAUCUCUAAGUUCUACUCAGACUUGCAGCAGGAGAACUCUAAUCUUAAACAUGUUGUUCGUGAACUCAGUAAAAAGAAUGCUGUGUUAAAACAAGAGGCAACAUUUGAGAAAGAACUGGUGGACAUCAGAACUGCUGCUCUGAAUAAGAUCACAGCUCAUCUCAUCUCAGACCCACAGCAACAGAGAGAGGCUGAGCAUGUGAGAAGAAACCUGAAGAAUAUGAUCAUGGACUAUGUGGAUGUGACUCUUGAUCCUGAUACAGCACAUCCCAAACUCAUCCUGUCUGAAGACAGGAAACAAGUUAGAUGUGGAGAUGUAUGGCAGGAUCUCCCUGACAACCCAGAGAGGUUUGAUAUCUCUGUCUGUGUCGUGGGAAAGGAGAGUUUCUCCUCAGGGAGAUUCUACUAUGAGGUGCAGGUGAAGGGGAAGACUGGCUGGUGUUUAGGAGUGGCCACGAAGUCCAUCAACCUGAAGGGGACGAUUUACCUGAAUCCUGAGGAUGGAUACUGGACUGUGAUGCUGAGGAAUGGACAGUACUGGGCUGGCGCUGUCCCCACUGUCCCCAUCUUCCUUAGAGAGGGGGUCCAGAAGGUGGGGGUGUUUGUGGAUUAUGAGGAAGGUCGGGUCUCCUUCUAUAAUGUAGAGGCCAGGUCUUAUAUCCACUCUUUUACUGGCUGUACCUUCACUGAGAAACUCUAUCCAUUCUUCAGCCCUGGUAAUAAUUACACAGGUCAAAACACAACCCCACUGGUCAUCACUCCUGUAGAUGUCACUGAUUGACUGGUUUAUACCAAACAUAGAAAUACUGUUAACAUAACUGAUAAUGUAAUAGUGACCAAAUAAUGUAAUAAUUCAUUGUAAUGUAAUACAUAUUAUAUAAAUCAGCAGAUAAUGUAUUCACUUUUUACAUUUAUAAUACAAUAACUUUUCCUGAUAAUGUAAUCAUUCAAUUACAGUUAUUAAUGCAGAACUAAGUUAUUUUGUGGAUAAGGUUAAAUAAAUGAAGUGUUAACAUAGUAAACCCCAGUUUGCCAGUGCUGGUAAUCUUCCUCAUAACCUGUCCAUCUAUCUCUGUGGACCAUAUCCUCUUAGUGGACGAGAUCCACUCUUCUUCCUGAUAUAACAGGACAUUGGGAAGAAUGAAAACAACAGUCCAAUAAAUACAACAGGAAUCCCAGGUCUGUAUGAACUGUCAUAUGUUCAGUAAACCCCUGAAGUUACAUUAUUACAUGACUUACUACAAUCAUUCAAUACUGUCCUGCAUGAUUAUGUUUCUUACUAUAUCUUAGUUGAAUACUUUUUUGGGCUGUUGAACUAGAAGGAGAGCUUGCAAUGAAUCAUGUCAUUGCACUGUGUUACACUACGCUGUAUCCUGUGCAUAUGACAGUAAACAUUGAUUUGAAUGAGCAGUCAGUUCAGCAUCAGUAACGUACAGGUAACUGCCAAAAUGGAAGAAUCACCAACAUAAAGUGAUUUAGUAGGGCCUUGUGCCACCACGAGCCAGAACAGCUUCAAUGCAUCUUGGCAUAGAUUCUACAAGUGUCUGAAACUCUACUGGAGGGAUGCGACAUCAUUCUUCCACAAGAAAUUCCAUCAUUUUAUGUUUUAUUGAUGGUGAUGAAAAAUGCUGUCUCAGGUGCUGCUCCAGAAUCUCUCAUUAGUGUUCAAUUGUGAUGAGAUCUGGUGACUGAGACGGCCAUGGUAUCUGGUUUACAUCGUUUUCAUGCUCAUCAAACCAUUCAGUGACCAAACCACUCAGUGACCAAACCACUCAGUGACCAAACCACUCAGUGACCAAACCACUCAGUGACCAAACCAUUCAGUGACCAAACCACUCAGUGACCAAACCAUUUAGUGACCAAACCACUCAGUGACCAAACCAUUCAGUGACCAAACCACUCAGUGACCAAACCACUCAGUGACCAAACCACUCAAUGACCAAACCAUUCAGUGACCAAACCACUCAGUGACCAAACCAUUCAGUGACCAAACCACUCAGUGACCAAACCAUUCAGUGACCAAACCAUUCAUUGACCAAACCAUUCAGUGACCAAACCAUUCAGUGACCAAACCAUUCAGUGACCAAACCACUCAGUGACCAAACCAUUCAGUGACCAAACCACUCAGUGACCAAACCACUCAGUGACCAAACCAUUCAGUGACCAAACCAUUCAGUGACCAAACCAUUCAGUGACCAAACCACUCAGUGACCAAACCAUUCAGUGACCAAACCACUCAGUGACCAAACCACUCAGUGACCAAACCAUUCAGUGACCAAACCAUUCAGUGACCAAACCAUUCAGUGACCACUCGUGCUCUGUGGAUGGGGGCAUUGUCAUCCUAUGGGUCAUAGCCAUGGUAGCCAAAAUAAUGUCCCGCCCAGCAUUUUUAUACAUGACCCUAAGCAUGAUGGGCUGUUAAUUGCUUAAUUAACUCAGGAACCUCAUCUGUGUGAACGUACAGUAACUGCUUUCAAUAUUCUUUGUAUCCCACAUUUACUCAGGUGUUUCCAUUAUUUUGGCAGUUACCUGCAGUGCUUGACUUGGGCAGGAGUUCACCUGAGCUGAGUACCGGCACCUCAAAUGCUCUAUUUGAGCUCCUGUACCUCUUAUAGAAUAUUAGCUCCAAAGUAUUGUGGAGUUCCUGCACCUAAAUAUAAACAGUACCGGCACCAAAAAUUAGUACCGGCACCUAUUUCAGUCCAAGUCGAGGUUUUCUAUGUCAAUGUACAGCCACAAGGUGGUGUUGUUUCCCUACAGUCCAUUAAGUGCAUAAUGUACUUAAUGCUUACCGGAGCAACGUUGUAGUAAUGUUGUUAUGUAGCUUUGAGAAUGCAGAUGAGGAUAACAUUUCACAUCCUCAAGUCAGCCUUCAAUUAAAACCCUUAUUGGAAGAGUGUUUUUCAAGCAAGAUUUAAGAGAUUGCCAUUUGGUUUCUGCACACACACACACACACACCUAGAACCAGUUGGGUUCAUGCUGGACUUAGCAGUCUGGGCUGUUAGCAUCAUUGAUUAGCCACCUAGAGUUUUCUUAUCUUAGAAUCAUCCCAGCGCAUCGAUCUCCAGCCUCCAGAGAGAGAUCAACUACUGAGUAGAGGUGGAUGGAAGCUGAGGGGAGGGUUACCUACUCAACCACCACAUUCAUAGUGUGCUGUCUAAAGGAGGAUGUAUUAUAUUGGAGAGAGAGGUCUGGUUUUGAUGUUGAUAUUUACACUUGUAAACUGAAUAUGCAUUUCCUAAUAAAGUUGUUUUGAAUUUAA